GAAGGCUCUUGUGUAACCAGCCAUCUGGACCCUUCUCUUUGGAGAGUUUGGGUUUAUAGCGAAUUGCUGUGGGGAUGAAGCUUUAUAGCUUGGGUGUCCUUGUCGCCACCAUCCUGUUCUGUGGGGAGCAUGCCUUCGCCUUUCAGAGGGGCCAGGUUUUAUGUGCUCUUCCUAGAACCUCCAGGCAAGUUCAAAUUCUGCAGAAUGUUACUACAACAUACAAGAUUAUUCUCUGGCAGCCAGUAAUAGCUGAAUAUAUUGUGAAGCAAUACGAAGUCCAUUUUUUUGUGAAUGCAUCUGAUGUAAGCAAUGUGAAAGUCCAUUUAAAUGCGAGCGGAAUUCCAUUCAGAGUCCUGUUGGAAAAUGUGGAAGAUCUUAUCCGGCAGCAGACUUCCAAUGACACCAUCAGCCCCCGGGCGUCCUACUCCUACUACGAACAGUACCACUCACUAAAUGAGAUCUAUUCUUGGAUAGAAGUUAUGACUGAGCGGUAUCCUGAUAUGGUUGAAAAAAUCCACAUUGGAUCCUCAUACGAGAAGUACCCACUUUAUGUUUUAAAGGUUUCUAAAAAAGAACAAAGGGCCAAAAAUGCCAUGUGGAUUGACUGUGGAAUCCAUGCCAGAGAGUGGAUCUCUCCUGCUUUCUGCCUGUGGUUCGUAGGCUCUGUAACUUAUAACUAUGGGAAAGAAAAGAUGUAUACCAAUCUUCUGAAGCACAUGGAUUUCUACAUUAUGCCAGUGGUUAAUGUGGAUGGUUACGACUACACAUGGAAAAAGGAUCGAAUGUGGAGAAAGAAUCGUUCUUUACAUGAAAACAAUGCUUGCGUCGGAACAGACCUGAACAGGAACUUUGCCUCCAAACACUGGUGUGGGGAGGGCGCCUCAAGUAACUCAUGCUCACAAGUCUACUGUGGAACUUACCCUGAAUCGGAACCAGAAGUGAAGGCGGUGGCUGAUUUCUUGAGAAGAAAUAUCAAGCACAUUAAAGCUUACAUCAGCAUGCAUUCCUACUCCCAGAAGAUAGUGUUUCCAUAUUCCUACAGCCGAAGCAGAAGCAAAGACCAUGAGGAACUGUCUCUAGUGGCCAGAGAAGCAGUCUAUGCUAUAGGGAAUAUUGAUAGAAACAUCAGAUAUACACACGGCAGUGGCUCAGAAAGUUUAUAUCUAGCUCCUGGAGGUUCAGACGACUGGAUCUAUGACUUGGGCAUCAAGUAUUCGUUUACAAUUGAACUUCGAGAUAAAGGCAAAUAUGGAUUCUUGCUGCCAGAGAGAUUCAUCAGACCCACGUGUUCAGAAGCUCUGGUUGCUGUCGCUAAAAUAGCUUCGCAUGUUGUCAGGAAUGUUUAAUGCCCUUGACUUUUUCACUCUGUUCCCAUAUUUUAAUUUACUGAUUCCAGCCAAACCAUUGUACCCGUUUCUUUUUGAGUUUUAUCAGUAGUUUUGAUCAAAGGUUUUCUCAUUCCUUGGUUUUGUCAAAGAACAAAAUAAACGGUACCUUAAAAUUAA